AUGUCAAAAGAGCAAAAUAAAUUUAAGCAUAUUCUCCUUGUUCCUAACAUCGUCUCUGAUUAAGCAUUCUUGCAAAGACAUAAAACUUUUCAAACCUAUGUGAAAAAAGCUCAUUCAGAUCUUUAUUAUUUGUAACUGAAGAAAAUUGGAGGAUUGAAAAAAUCAAUCUCUGAAAAAGCUGAUUAUGGAUAAGUCUUACAAUAAAUCAAAAGUAAUAGACUUCAAAAUGAAUAUUUGAAUCAAUAGAAAAAGAAUCAAGGGUUUAUGUACAAUAAUUAACUUUGGUCAGAUAAAUAUUAUAAUCAAAUCUAUUAAAUGACUAGAUUAUCUUUAUUGUCUGAAGUUCUUAGUAAACAAAAAACAAAAGGCAGAGAUCAAUUAAUCAAAGAUUUCGAAAUAUAUUUUAAUAAACAUGUUCAUCCUAAUAAUGAUGAAUUUACUGAAAUCUAAAAAGUUAUUCCACUAUCAACUUGUACUACUAAGUGUAGUUCAAGGAUUAACUCAUAAAAACUUUUAUUAGGAACUACUGAAAGGAAAACAAAUUCUAAAUAAGAAACUUAAGAAGAUGAUGUAUAUAGGGUCAAAUCUUUAUAAAAUUCAUUUCAUAAAACAGUUAAUGAUAAAAUGGUCAACCUUUUAGAUGAAGCUACCAAUUUACAUAAUUAAAAUCUAGAAACAAUCAAGUAAUAUAUUAAAGAUUUUUAAAUAGAAAAACUAAACUUUUCUAAAAUGAAUAGAUCUCCUCUCGAUAAAUCAUCUAUUCUCAGAUUUAAUAAAGAAAUGAACACAUUAACAUUCAAACUACCAUGAGAAAUAGAUAAAUACAUUUUAGAAAUAAAUUUGUGUAAGAAAGAUUUUAGAAAGAAAUAGAAAAAUUAUCUGCUUAGAACCUUUGA